UUUUGUAAACUAUUCUUUCAUUUCGCUAAUUCUUUACUCGCAUUCAACUGCACCUUCGUUUCUUUUUCCACAGGAUGGGCAAACUGCAGAUAUCACCACGCGCACUGGUGUGCCAAAACUCAACGAUCGAGGGCGACGUGCGCAUCGGCAACGGCACUGUGGUGCACGUCGGGGCGUCCAUUAUCGCCAAGAACGGGCCUAUCAUUAUCGGCGCCAGCAACAUCAUCAGCGAGCGCGUCGUCAUCAUCAACCUGCACCCAACGCCGCUGGUCAUCGGUGACGAGAACCUGUUCGAGACUGAGGCUCGCAUUGAGGGCUGCGGCAUGGGCCAUCGCAAUGUUGUGCAGGUGCGUGGCAAAGUUCUAGGCAGUAGCACGUUGGGAAACAACUGUGUCGUUGGCACAAUGUGCGAGACGGCGCCUGAGGAGAUGAUCUCUGACGGUACUGUGCUGUUUGGUAACCCGCAGGCACGGCGCAUUCGGACAGACAACAAUGCAGAGCAUAUGGCGGUUCACAAGAAGCACUUGGAGUAUAUUCACGAGAUGCUGCCGCGGUACAACCACAUCAUCGAAACCGAGUGA